AUGUCGCCACUGGCGGCCGCGACAGGGAAAAGCGGCGGCAGCAGCUGGCGGGCCAGCCCCCUCGAGCCACCUUUACUCCCACUUCCUGCUUGCGGCCCCGCCUCCGCCGCGGCCGCCGUCGUGCCUUGGGGCGGGACUCUUCCGCCGCCGGGUAAGCUAGUGGGGAACCGCGAGUCGAAGGCCCCGCCCCCGUCCCGCCCCCGCCGUGUGCUUCCAGCCCGAGGCCGAGGCUAUGCAAUGCGCGCCAUGAGAAGAGCUGCAUUCCCGGCAGCUCUGCCUUCACUAGGGGACAAGAAACUGGUUAAAUCUGCUGUUAGCUGCUGCCCAGUGGGAUCCAAUUAUAGCGACGGUGGUAUUCAUGGCACCCCAUGGCGGGGCCACUAUGCAUCAACCAUCGUUCUGAUUAUACAGCCAUAGUCUUCCGGCCCGGGUCAAGAAGAGACAAGAGACUGCGGGUGCUCAAGUCUUGCUUGUGUUCCUAGGAAUACCAGUGAAGGGUUUCUGAGCAUCGACUCCACUGCCCCAGCCUGGGAGAGCACACUUACACCAGAGAAUGGAAGUUUGUACGUGGAAAUCCUGAUCGUGACUUUGGGGACUGUCGCAUUCGCCUUGGGCGGGCUGGUAGGAAACGUGACUGUGCUCUGGCUCCUGGGCUUCCGCAUACAGAGGACUGCUUUCUCCGUCUACAUCCUCAACCUGGCUGGAGCUGACUUCCUCUUCCUCUCCUCCCAUAUCACAUAUGACCUGGAGGCACUCAUCAACGUCCACUUCGUACCCUUUACCAUUCCCCACUUUUUCACCACCAUGUGGACCUUCUCCUACAUAGCGAGCCUGAGCAUUCUCAGUGCCAUUAGCACUGAGCGCUGCCUGUCGGUCCUUUGUCCCAUCUGGUACCGCUGCCACCGCCCAAAACACACGUCAACUGUGAUGUGCGGCCUGCUCUGGGCCCUAUCCCUGCUGCUGAGCAUCCUGGAAGGGGAGUACUGUGGCUACCUGUUUCGGGAUUUUGACUCUGGUUUGUGUCAGGCAUUCGAUUUCAUCGCCGUCGCCUGGCUGAUUUUCUUAUUUGUGCUUCUCUCUGGGUCCAGCCUGGCCCUGCUGACCAGAUUGCUGUGUGGCUCCCAGCGGAUGCGGCUGACCCGGCUGUAUGUGACUGUGGCGCUCACGGUGCUGGCCUUCCUCUUCUGCGGCCUUCCCUAUGGCAUUCACGUGUUCCUCUUAUUCUGGAUUCAGGACCAUCUUAAUAUGCCCCUCUUGCAUCUUUAUCUGGCUGCAAUUGCCCUGUCCUGUGUCAACAGCUGUGUCAACCCCAUCAUUUACUUCUUCGCUGGCUCCUUCAGGCAGCGGUGGCCCCGGCAGCGAAAGACCCUCAAGAUGGUUCUCCAGAGGGCUCUGGAAGACGUAUCAGUGGGGGAUGAAAAUGAAGACAGACUUCCUCAGGAAACUCUGGAGAUGUCGAGAAGCAGUCUGGCAUUCUGA